UCGCUCACAGGAAUGACGACUUUGCUGCUAUAACCAGCUGAUGCUGAGGCUACGAACGCGGAGCCUCCGAAGAACUGUUGACGGUACACUGACCCUUCCGUCAUCGACGUUAUGUCUGCGGAUCCAGGUCUUAUCUGCCCCCAGAGCCGGAGUGGGCAGGACAUUUGAUCGUGUCACGACGCGCAGGCCCGUGGUUCUUUUUUCUCGCCCCUGUCGCUCCACAGGAUGUUUCUUCACCUCCCCACAUAAUCGCUUUCCCAGGGAAUGAUGCUCUCUGCUUCCUCCACACACAGGCGACACAUCGCAUAUGCAGAUUCCCCCAUGUGGAGUUUUGGAUGAAGGCACAGGAGCGACACAAAGAUAUGGAGUAAAAGGACAUCUAGAAGAACUCCAGUCAGAUAUUUUAACACAAGGAAACUGACAUUUAGAGGACGUUAAGUAGUGUAGUGUGUGCUGUGGGAAAAGCAGGGUCUGUGGAAAGAGGAGGAGUAAAGAUGGCUUGUUGUCAGAGGCCUGCCACAUUUCUCCGGGAGUCUGCAGCCGACCCGAUCGGCUGCUGGUCCAAGCAGGAGUGUCCCUCUUAAAGUCUGAGCAGUGCAUCAUUUCACCUGGUGGAGGAGACCCCGCUCUCUGUGAUGUGAUGAAUAAGUUUGAAGUCCUUGGCAUUGUGGGAGAAGGUGCAUAUGGAGUGGUGCUUAAGUGCAGACACAAGGAAACAAAUGAGCUGGUGGCCAUCAAGAAGUUCAAAGACAGUGAAGAAAAUGAGGAGGUUAAGGAGACGACGCUUCGGGAGCUGAAGAUGCUCCGGACCCUGAAGCAGGACAACAUCGUCGAGCUCAAAGAGGCUUUUCGCAGGAGGGGGAAGCUCUACCUCGUCUUUGAAUAUGUUGAGAGGAACAUGCUUGAACUGCUAGAGGAAUUUCCCAAUGGUGCGCCGCCGGAAAAAGUUCGCAGCUACAUUUUCCAGCUCAUCAAAGCCAUCAACUGGUGUCACAAAAAUGAAAUCGUACACAGAGAUAUCAAACCAGAAAACCUUCUUAUCAGUUCAGAUGAUGUUCUUAAAUUAUGUGACUUUGGGUUUGCUCGUAACCUGUCUGAAGGAACAGAUGCCAACUACACCGAGUACGUGGCCACCAGGUGGUACCGCUCACCUGAGCUGCUGCUGGGGGCUCCCUAUGGAAAGGCUGUGGACAUGUGGUCGGUGGGGUGUAUUCUAGGGGAGCUGAGUGACGGACAGCCUUUGUUUCCAGGGGAAAGCGAGAUUGAUCAGCUCUUCACCAUCCAGAAGGUUCUGGGUCCUCUUCCUGCUGAACAGAUGAAACUCUUUUACAACAACCCGCGAUUUCAUGGAAUCAGGUUUCCCACAGUCACCCAUCCUCAGACUUUGGAGAGACGGUACCAAGGAAUUAUGAGUGGUUUGAUGUUGGAUUUGAUGAAGAGCAUGUUGCUGCUGAACCCCACCGAGCGUUUUCUCACUGAGCAGUGCUUGAACCAUCCUGCUUUCCAGCCUUUGAGGCAGACGGAGAGAGAAAAAUCUUCUCCUGCUUCUCCAAACCCACCACGCUCGUCCAAGAGAAAAACACACCACCACGGAGAAAAUACAGUCCCUACGAGGAGUCACACCAAGAGCACUAGUCGUCAAUCAACCAGCAAGGAAUGUUCCAGUCUCCCUCGCCAUGGAGACCUGCAUCACCUCAGCAAUGAGAGUUUCCUGAAUGGCAACAAACCGGCUCCAUCUAGUUUAAGUCCUACACUCCACCCCAAAGUCCAGUACAUGUCCCAGACCCUAAAUCGUUCAGCCUCGUCCAACAAAGAUCUGGCUAACAACAACCUGCCACAUCUUCUCAGUCCCAAAGAGGCAAAAAACAAGACAGAGUUUGAUUUCAACUUGGGGCCCUCAACAAAGCUGUCAGAUCAGGGACAUGGGGCAAAGUACACCCACAGCAAACCAAGCUUGUCUCGUUCUCAGCAGCAGCAACAGCAGCAGCAGCAACAACAGCAGCAGCAACAGCAGCAACAGCAGCAGCAGCAGCAACAGCAGGCCAGCCGACACACCUUUCUGGAAAAUAAAACCAACACAUUGCAGUCUGGAGCAGAAAAACAACAUGGCCGCCAUGCCCACAGCAUGGCAGACUCUGCACACGGAUCCAUGUCGUCCUCUUCUAAAAGCUCAGCUUCUUAUCUAAGCCUGUCCAAGAGCCACGGGGCUCUUAGCGACGCCAAAUCUGUGGGGAACCUCAGCGAUGGUCGACUUCACCCAGACGACCCAAACGCAAACGCAACAGCCAUCGUAGGACCCAGUGCCCGUUUCUUCCCUGCCAGCUGUUUGGACCUCAACGCCCCAUCGGGUCUUCCAGGACCCCCCGGCAGUCCCUCAGCUCGACACAGUGACCGAUCAGGACACAGCCCCGCUUCCCGUAGCAGCGUGAAUGUCCGUAUGGAGAGCAGCACGUUGGACUCCUCAUCGAGACACAAGUCCAGACACAAAUCGUUGGCUCCGGAAGAUCCUGGUGCUCCAGAGCUCCUAGACCCAGGAGGACCAGUGAUGCCCAACACUCACACCCUGCCUUCCCCCCACGAGUCUUAUCACUACGGCCUGGGCUACACGUCCCCCUUUUCCUCCCAGCAACGGCCUCAGCGCCACUCCAUGUACGUGAGACGGGAACGUCACCGACCACACGGGUCCGAGGGAGUCAUGGCGGGCCUGCCGCCGCCUGGCCAGGCCAUACCGACACGGGCCAGCAGCCUCCAGCUCCUCUCCCCGCAGCUGCAACAUCGUACCAACCUGACUGGACAUUCAGUGAGCUCGUCGAGAGAGGACUGCACCGACGACAUGACGAGGAGUGAACAGCCCCCUAAAGACAUGAGCCACCCUUGUGCCCCCAUCAAAGACUCUACGAGGGACAACUCCGCUGCUUUUCAUACACAGCGCUCUAAAAAUGAGGUCGGUAUGUAUCAUGACCCUCACGGUGAGGAUGCAGGUUCCUCCAAAGAAAACCGGAUGAUCUUCACUGAGUCCAUGCCUCGGAGAGUAGGCAGCUUCUACAGAGUCCCUUCCCCCAGACCGGAUAACUCCUCUUCUUUCCACGAAGGUGUUGGUCAGGGCAGAGGGCCUGGGGUACCCGUUGUGACCGGUGAUCCAGGCGGCAUGGCGAACCACUCCAAACGCCAGACGGCUUUUGAUUGGACUGCUGCAGAAGCAAUGGUCAUGAAUCCUCCUGAGCCCACCAAAGAGAAGCAAAAACAAGGCUUCUUCAAAGCCAUUAAAAAGAAAAAGAAGAAGACACAAAUAACGGACGUGGAGGACGGAAGGAAUCCGAGCAUCAAGAAAAGCCUUUUCCCCCUUUUUAGCUCUAAGAAUAGCUUAAAGCACAACUCAGCUGGAAAAAUCCUACCUGUAGUUGCCUCGCCUAUGGUACAGCAUCAGCCUGCGGCACCCUACCCUGCCUCACCAGUUACUGGGAACGGACAGGAACACCUUUCCCUUCAGAGGAGCUCCAAGUCAUCCUCCCACCACAGCAGCCGACGGAAAAACCGCGAGCGAUCCCGGGACAGAGACCGCGACCGGGAACAGAGCAGGGACAGAGACCGGGACAGGGACAGGGAGAGAGAGAACAAGAGGGAGAGAGAGAGGGAGAGGGGGAGGGAAAGAGAGAGAGUCACCGAUUGGCCACCAGACAAGCCAGUGGACUCCCACUCUCAGAGCCAACCACUCAAGUCUCUACGCCGACUCCUUCACCUCUCGCCUUCCCCCUCAAACCAGGGGCAGCCUCCUCCUCCACCUCCUCCGGACCUGCGCUUCCAAGCCCCGCUCCCCAACCCGCCUCAGUCCUCCUCCAAAGCCGGCUACCCAGAGGGCCGAGGGCACACGGAGAGCAGGGCCCACUCGGGGAUGAGCAGCUCAAGCCAGGCGAAGAACCGCAAGGCCAGCUACACCUUACCGGGACAGAUCGAAUCCAGCUGGCACGUGUCGGCUUUACAGCGGGUGGAAGGCGCUCAGUUCACUCCAGAGCAGCUGGGCAUCAAACCGGGUCAGAACGGACCUACUUUUACCCGAGCGUCCCGCACCAGGAUGCCGAAUCUCAACGACCUGAAGGAGACAGCCCUGUAACAUCCCUCCAACCUCUCUGACGUGUCUCUGUCCUUGGAGCCCGGCCACAGACAUCGUGGUAACCUGGAAAAAGUUCACAGAAAUAUAGUCAUCUGUUGAUUCUCGUGUCUCUGAAAUCUACAAAGACCCGACGCAAACAGGCCAGACAUCAGUAAGGUGGGACUUGGCUUAAAGCAAGGAGGUCCCGGUAUCUUCUCUGGAUGUUGGAACCACGUCAGCUGAUUCUGCUCACAUCAGAACAAGCAGAUCUGCCUGUGUGGCCUCUCUGCCGCCAUCUUCUGCUUACUGAGCGCUACUGCAACGGUUGAGAAGCCGCCAAUAAACUUAAAGGUUUUUCAAGCACUGAUAUUUGAUAACAAAAAAGAGAGAAAGAUUUAUAUCGAUAUUAUUUAUUAAAUAUUUAUUUGUUUUAAAUUCAAGGAUAUAAGCUAUAAAUGACACAGUAUGUAGGUUAUAUGGGAAUAUUAUAAAAAAAAAUGUAGAAUUAAAUGUGUAAUUGCAAGAGCUUUAGUUUCGACACAGAGAAAUGAAUAGAUAUUUAUGUGUUGAUAAUAAUGUCAAAAGGAGUAUUUAAUAAUGGUGAAUGUCUUUUUAUGUUGAAUAUGAUGAUGUUAACAUAUCUUAUGUUAUCCUAUUUUUACCCGUUUUUAUUUCACCAAAUUGUAAACUACGAGAAAAAGAAAAACUACUGAAAAGUGAAAAAUCGCUGACAUUAGAUGUAGUACAGAUACAACCAUCACCUUCAUGACAUUGGUUGUGAAGUUGUGUGAUAAUUCGGGACAUUUGUAGACAUUGUUCGUUGGCAGAUCAACCAGAGGGUGACAGAUCAACGUCGUGCUUUAAGUACACUGGAAAUAAAAAGAUCAAAAGUGUACGCACCCUUGGUAGGAAGAAAACGUCGCGUUUUUGUGGCAUAAAAAUUGACCAUAAGUCGUUUCAAGCUGUUUCCACCUUCAAUUUGACAUAUAUCCUAAUACAAUUCAACUACAAAGCAAACAAUAAGAACCUGCUCAUGGAAGUGUGUGUUGAGUUGGAGUCAUACGUAGCUAAGGCACCUUUUUUAUUGAGUUUCAGCAUUUCGUCUGGUGUGAGUAUAUAACUACAGCGGGUCUUACCAAGGUCAUAUUUGCUAAAUCGAAAUGGCAAGGGUUAUAGAUUUACCCCAGAAAACGUGCUAAGCCCAGAGCUCGGGAUGCUGGGGCCGGCCGCCAUCCAGCCAGCUGCCAUGUUUUUGAGUUAAAAAAUAUUUAAAGUUGACAUGAAAUUUAAAAAUUUCACUUGUUAUUGGAAGACUGGAGGAUCAAUACCUAAACAUCAACAAUAAAGUCUUAAAAAAAGGCAAUGAUGAAAAGAAAAACUAAAAUAAAUAAACAAUGCUAAGCCUGGUGGGGGCACAAGUAAAGCCUGGUGGCCCGCCAGGCUUAUAAUACACUGUGGGAAACCCUGAAUUCAAAAUUCCUGUUUUAUUUUUGUUGUUUUUUAGUUUUUAGCAAACACUUGAACAUUUUAGGUCUAAACUAGCUGGUAUUUAGAUCUGGAAGCAAAGCUGGAAAUGAAAUCCUGAGUUCCAGAUGGAAAAAAGUAAGCCCAGAGCAUGAUGCUGCCAACACUAUGCUUCACUGUGAGUGUGGUGUCAUUUUAAUGAUAUGCAGCUGCAUUGUUCUUGUGUUGAACACGACAUAUGAAAAUGCAUAUAUAUCCAAAGUGUUUGCUGAGAAAUAGACUAAAGAGAGUAAAGCUCAGAAUCCUGAAACUGAAUAAGAAAGUGGCUCUAAAACAGUUGAGUUUGCCGGUUAUGACAGCUUUUUCAUUUUUUUUUAUUUUUCUCUCUUUAACUUAUUGAAUUGUAUAUAUCACAUUGAAGGUGGAAUACUAUUUUUUACGAUUAUUUGUGGUCCAAAUUUUUUUUACAUCACCAACUCAUGUCCUACUUCUGGUGACACAGUUUUUUAAAUUUACCCCAAUUUUCUGUCUUUUAUCAGUAACAACAAACAGCUCUCCAGCUUCAUGCUGCCAUUUUGGGUUUGUCUACAACCUUCCCAUGAGGCAACAGGCGUCUUUGCUCAUGUUAACCUCUGGAACUGAGACAUAUGACAUACAACUCUGAAGAUUGUUUCAAAAAGGCAUACCUCACUUACAGCCAUUAAGAUCUUACAGGAUAAGUCUGGGGAUACUUUUAUACUGUAAUUCUUGAAAGCCAAAACUUUGUGAACCUGGCAUUGUCCAAACACUGACUCCACGUUAUUCAGUGUAUAAAUGAAUUUGUUAGCACGAAAAACAAUUAAAAAAAACAUUGUCAAUUUCAAAACUCGUCAUUGUAGUGAUGGGUUUGGUGUCUAAAUCAUGACAGAAAGUAGUUGCAUCUUCACAGAUGAAGAACUUUAAAUAGAAAGUUUAAAAUAGUUUACUAUAACAAAGUCGAACCAAAAAUGUUGAUCUAUUCUAACUUUUUAAAUGCCAAAUGAAGCAAACAAUACAAUCUUUGUAACUUUAGGACUGGAUUUUACUGUCGAAACUGGUUACACAAAAUUAUCCCAGACUUAUUCUGUAAUCUAUGUUUACAUCCUCCGUGUGCAUCUUAAAGCUCGUGCCAUCACCGUUUUUGUAAAUGCCUCUUUUGUAAACAAUUUUAAACAUCUGAAAUUGUAUUUCCCUGUUUGCAUUCCUUUUAACAUCAGCAGUCAUGAUCAGGGAUGAAUAUACUCAAAACUUGAUUAUUUAAAAUAAUAAUAAUAAAAAAAAAGAUCAGCUUAUCUUGUGAUGUGUGGACAAAAAAAAGAUAACACUUUGAGGCCUAUGUGAAGUUAUAACGCAAUGUUUCCUCUAAUCUCCAGCAGUGUUCCUUGUUCCUCCUUCAAAGUAUUAGAAUCAUUACACAUUUUACUCAAAGAUGAACAUAAAGGUCACGUCUACUAGAGUGCAGCUUCAAAUUAACGGAGACCCAAUUGACAACAUGGCUGAUUGAAAGCAAUAACAUCAAGAAAUAAUCUCAAAGUAGUGUGGGUUGGUCACAUCUAAAAAUUAAACUGAAGCAUAGACGACUUCCUGCAGUAUAUUGUGAAGCAGGGAAGUGAAGAUAGUUCCAUCCUCCUGCAGUAUUUUCCCAGUGCUCCUGUAUCUCACCCUGAGCGUGGCUCAAAUCAAACACACUGCCCCAUGAAGCUGUGCAUUUGUGCAAACACUUAGUGCUAAUGAUUGUAAAUGACUGCUGAUGUGUCCUUUGUGGACAGAGGGGUGACAACGCUUGCCUUGCCAGUGACCCGAAGCCUUACAGUUAGCUCGCUGACUCAGCAGUUCUUGGUACAAAAGGCUCCAGUCACUCGAACGCGGUGAGAUGACGUUCUGUUCCCAAAUAUGAAUGUGUUUCCUAAAACAUCUUCUUUUUUUAUUUUCUGUUUCUCCAUUAGCUAUUUUCCACCUCUGACAGGGUGUAAAUACAAAUAGCAGAGUGUAUCUAUGCUGACCAUUCUAAUUAAAAUAUGAUAGGGUCUCAUAAUAAAUACCGACUGUACA